UUGAAAAUUUUCAUUGCCCUUACUGUUGUGGAUAAAAACUCUGUAAAACCCUUCUGGUUUAUCAAUGGCGGAAGGAUCAAUACACUGAGUUAGAAGAUACUGACUUGGGGCAGUUUUCCCAAGCAAUUGUCGUUCUAAAAGCUAUGGACACGGCAACUGUGCAAUGCCGACUGACCUCACUCCAUUCUCCCUCGGAAAGCGUAUUUGCUCUUCGAGGAACAACAAUUAUCGUUUCUUUGUCCUACCGGAGGUACAGGCCCAAGCUCAAACUUUCCCGUCAGAAGAGGUUUAUAAUUUCAGCUUCUUCCUCCUCCUCGUCUUCUUCAAGUGGACCGGAGGGUUUAUCUUGGGCGUGGCUUUCGCAGUCCUUUCGUCGCGGCUCUCAGCGGUUUCUGGAGAAAUUGGGGCCGUCAGUGGAGAAAGAAACCGGGGUUGAUAUGGAUAAUGUUAGGGUUAGGAUGGAUGAGUUUUCGAGCUGGGCUCGAGAUUCGGGCAGGAAGGCGCAGGAAUCAGUGGAGCGAGUUAGAUAUGAGCUUCUGCCGCAGUUUGCCAAUUGGAAUAAAUGGGAACUCUGGAAGGAUGUGAGGAAUUGGGACUCCAAAAGAUUAGGCGUUUUGGUGCUGUACAUUUUUGUUUCGAUUUUAUCUUGUCAAAGUAUAUAUAAAGCAGUCCGAGCUCCUAUUAUUGAUCGUGAAAGGAGAGAAUUGGCUGAGGCAUACAUGGAUGCAUUAAUACCUGAGCCUACACCAAUCAACGUGAGAAAAUAUAAACAAGGUAUGUGGAGGAAGACGACUCCCAAAGGUCUGAAACUCAAAAGGUUUGUUGAGGGGCCAGAUGGAACACUUAUUCAUGAUAGUUCUUUUGUCGGAGAAAAUGCAUGGGAAGAUGAUGCUGAUAAGACCCAAAAUAGUGUAAAAGAAAUGAUAGAGCAAAACACACAAUUGAAGAGUGAGGAGAAAAAGGUUCUCCAGAAUGAUUUGGGUCUAUCAGCUGAUAAUCAGAAUACUGGAGGAACAUGGCGUGAGAGACUUGCAGCAUGGAAAGAAAUUCUUCAAGAGGAGAAGUUAGCUGCAGAACUCAGCUCAUUGAAUUCCAAGUACGCUGUGGAAUUUGACAUGAAAGAAGUUGAGAAUAGUCUUCGCAAGGAUGUAGUAGAGAAGGCCAAAAAUGCACAAGGAGUUAAGGGAUUGUGGAUCUCCAAAAGAUGGUGGCGUUACCGGCCCAAACUUCCCUAUACAUAUUUCCUUCAAAAACUUGAUUCUUCUGAGGUUGAUGCAGUUGUUUUUACAGAGGAUCUCAAGAGAUUGUAUGUUACCAUGAAAGAAGGAUUCCCUCUAGAAUAUAUCGUUGAUAUCCCCCUUGAUCCUUAUCUUUUUGAGGCCAUAUCGGUAUCUGGAGUGGAAGUAGAUCUUCUUCAGAAGCGUCAAAUCCAUUACUUUCUCAAAGUUGCAUUUGCACUGUUGCCUGGGUUACUAAUCUUAUGGUUGAUUAGGGAAUCUGUGAUGCUUCUUCAUAUAACAACCAACCGUUUACUUUAUAAGAAAUAUAAACAGGUUUUGGACAUGGCAUAUACCGAAAACUUCAUUCUGCCAGUUGGUGAUGUUGGUGAAACAAAAUCUAUGUAUAAAGAUGUAGUAUUAGGAGGAGAUGUCUGGGAUCUUCUGGAUGAACUGAUGAUAUAUAUGGGAAAUCCCAUGCGGUAUUAUGAAAAGGAGGUGAAGUUUGUCCGAGGUGUGCUUUUGUCUGGACCACCUGGAACAGGGAAGACACUCUUUGCCAGGACACUAGCAAAAGAAAGUGGUUUGCCUUUUGUUUUUGCUUCUGGCGCAGAGUUCACAGAUAGUGAGAAAAGUGGGGCUGCAAGAAUUAAUGAGUUAUUCUCAAUUGCGAGGAGAAAUGCUCCUGCUUUUGUCUUUGUGGAUGAGAUAGAUGCAAUUGCAGGAAGACAUGCCAGAAAGGAUCCACGAAGAAGAGCAACAUUUGAAGCACUAAUUGCUCAGCUGGAUGGAGAUAAAGAAAGAACUGGUGUAGAUAGAUUCUCGCUGAGGCAAGCUGUUAUUUUCAUAUGUGCUACUAAUAGACCAGAUGAAUUGGACCUAGAAUUUGUUCGCCCAGGACGUAUUGAUCGCCGUGUAUAUAUUGGGUUACCUGAUGCAGAGCAACGAACACAAAUUUUUGGUGUUCAUAGUGCUGGGAAGGAGCUAGCUGAGGAUGUUAAUUUCCAAGAGGUAGUCUUCCGAACUGUUGGGUAUUCUGGGGCAGAUAUCAGAAAUUUAGUCAACGAAGCUGGAAUAAUGUCUGUCAGGAAAGGGCAUUCAAAGAUCUACCAACAAGAUAUCGUUGAUGUAUUGGACAAGCAGUUGCUUGAAGGAAUGGGUGUGCUUCUUACCGAGGAAGAGCAGCAGAAAAUUGAACAAAGUAUAUCCUUGGAAAAGAAAAGGCUUCUGGCGGUGCAUGAAGCAGGUCACAUAGUGCUGGCUCAUUUGUUCCCUCGAUUUGAUUGGCAUGCAUUUUCUCAGCUGUUGCCUGGUGGAAAGGAAACUGCUGUUUCUGUCUUUUACCCUCGAGAGGACAUGGUAGAUCAAGGUUAUACAACCUUUGGGUACUUGCAAAUGCAAAUGGUGGUUGCUCAUGGAGGGCGAUGCGCUGAACGUAUUGUAUUUGGAGAUGACAUUACCGAUGGAGGAAGUGAUGACCUUGAAAAGAUUACUAAGAUUGCUCGAGAAAUGGUAAUAAGUCCUCAAAAUCCAAGGUUGGGGCUCACUGCCUUGACCAAAAGAAUUGGUCUGGCUGAUCGCCCUGAUAAUCCAGAUGGUGAACUAAUAAGAUACAGGUGGGACGAUCCCCAAGUGAUUCCAGAAAACAUGACACUUGAAGUUUCUGAGCUUUUCACCCGGGAGCUUACAAGGUACAUUGAGGAGACUGAGGAGCUUGCCAUGAAGGGACUGAUGGACAACAGACAUAUAUUAGACAUGAUUGCCGAAGAACUAUUACAACAUUCAAGGAUUACGGGAUUGGAAGUGGAAGACAAAAUGAGAGGAUUAUCACCAAUUAUGUUUGAAGAUUUUGUGAAACCUUUCCAGAUUAACAUGGAUGAGGAGGGACCGUUGCCUCACAAUGAUCGAGUGCGAUUUAAGCCAUUGGAUAUCUAUCCUGCACCACUACAUAGGUAGAUGAUAGAAUGGAUCCUGCAAUGGAGCUUGGAGCUUUAGAUCACCCGGAUGAAUGCCAACUAAAAUCAAUCGACUAUUUCAGUAGACGUCAAGAAUGAUUAUCAAUCGAUCCAUCCAUGGGCAGCAAUGCAUCAUGGAUUCCUUAUAUCAGCAUCUUGGCGGCUUAAUUCAACACUACGUGGUGGUGGUGGGGAUGGAUAUAUGUCUUCCUCAACUUCAUGUCCAACUCUAUGCAUUCAUUGUUUAUUACUCCAUUAGUUAAGUUGUGGUCUCUUCUUAUCACCAUAUAUAGUGUUCAGUCA